CUCUCCCUCCCCCCGCUCUCUCUCUCCACACCGAAACGAGCGCGCCUAGUGGUGCGAAAUGAGCACCACCGGUGGUGGCGACCGUGGCGCUCCGCCAGCGAUGUCUGCGAUGGCGGUGGCGGUGAAAGGAGACUUAAGCGGCUUCGAAGGAGGGAGAGGAAGCCGCCGCGCCGUCCGUUGGGCCAUCGAGAAUCUCAUGCCUAGAGCCGAUCGGUUUGUCUUGGUCCACGUGAUGCCCAGAGUCACUUCAAUCCCCACUCCAAGCGGAGAUCGUAUACCCGUGGCGGAAUUGGACGAGAAUGUGGUGGCGAUGUACGUGGAGGAGACGAAAGUGAAGUUUGAGCAGGUGUUUGUUCCGUUUAAGAAAAUGUGCAAACCUUGGAAGGUGGAAACUGUGGUGCUAGAAGCUGACAAUCCUGCGGCUGCGCUCCUUCAAUAUGUGUCAAACUCGGGAAUAAAUAAUCUAGUUCUUGGUUCCUGCUCAUCGAACGCAUUUGGAAGGAAGCUGAAGGGAGCAGUAGUACCUGCAACUGUUCUUACCUGUGCCCCUGAAACUUGUGAUGUUUAUGUGAUAUCUAGAAACAACAUUGUCAACAAAUCCGAUAAAGGUUCUAGUCAUGGUAUGUUGACUCAAACAAACCACAAAGAUGUUUUUGGUGGAUCUAGUAACGCAAUGUCCUGGACCAAUUCUGUGUGCGGAGAAUCUGACUCCAAUAAUAGCUUCAGAGGAUCGCCGCCAUCAGAGCCUAGCUUUGUGACUGCACUAGCUUCAGGUUAUACAGAUUAUCCCGACAGUGCUAAUGUCAAUCAAGAGAGUAGACAUUUGUAUAUAGGAGAUGCACGUGAAAUAGAUUUCGUCCAGCAAAGCACACUGAUGGCUUCUAGACCAACUGAACAGUCAGAUGUGCAGGCUGAAAUAGAGAAGCUGCGGCGGCAGUUGGAAGACACAGUUUCUAUGUAUGAACGGACUUGUGAAGAGCUAGUCCAUGCCCAAAACAAGGUUCAAGUACUUUCUUCUGAAUGUGGGGAAGAUGCUCGAAGAGUGAAUUCUGCCCUACAAAGAGAAGAAACUUUGAGGCAAAUUGCUGCUGAAGAGAGAGCGAAAUAUAUGGAAGCUUUAAAGGAGGUUGAGGAGGCAAAGAGUUUGCUUGCUAAAGAGGCGUAUGAAAGGCAGAUUGCUGAACUGAAUGCCCUCAAAGAGUCCUUAGAGAAGCAGAAAAUUAUGGAUAUGCUCCUCUCAAGCGAUAAGAGGUAUAGAAGGUACACCAGGGAUGAACUUGAGCUAGCAACAAAUUCCUUCUCUGAAAACUACAUGAUUGGUGAAGGAGCAUAUGGGAAAGUCUACAAAUGCAAUCUGGAUCAUACUCCUGUGGCUGUUAAAGUUCUUCAAUCAGAUGCAUGUGAGAGGAAAGAGGAAUUCCUGAGAGAGGUUGAGGUUCUUAGCCAACUUCGGCAUCCUCAUCUGGUGCUGCUACUUGGAGCCUGCCCAGAGAUUCGUGGCCUGGUUUAUGAAUACAUGGAAAAUGGAAGCUUGGAGGAGCAUAUCUACCGGCAGAAUGGCAAGCCAUCUCUUCCAUGGUUUGUUCGGUUCCAGAUAACUUUUGAAGUUGCUUGUGGACUUGCAUUCCUUCACAACUCGAAACCUGUCCCCAUCGUACACAGGGAUCUAAAACCUGGGAAUAUUCUUUUGGGAAAAAAUUACGUGAGCAAGAUUGGGGAUGUUGGAUUGGCCAAACUUAUUUCUGAUGUAGUUCCUGAUAACAUCACCGAAUAUAGGGACUCUAUGUUGGCAGGUACAAUAUACUACAUGGAUCCAGAAUACCAAAGAACAGGAACUAUUCGACCCAAAUCGGAUUUGUAUGCUUUUGGAAUUAUUAUUCUUCAAUUGUUGAUGGGUUGUCACCCAAAUGGGCUUCUAUUGAAAGCUGAGGAGGCCAUUGAAAGGGGCUCCCUUGCCAGCAUCCUGGACAAUACCGUUAAAGAUUGGCCAGUUGCUGAAACAGAGAAAUUGGCUCAAAUUGCUCUCAAAUGUUCGAAACUUAGGUGCAGGGAUAGACCAGAUCUUGAGAAUGAAGUAUUGCCAGUUCUUAAGAAGCUGUCUGAUUUUGCAAAUGCUAAAGCUAGAGUUGAAAGAGAGAACGCUUGUGCUCCAAGCCACUACUUUUGUCCAAUCCUUCAGGAGGUGAUGCAGGAUCCAUAUAUUGCCGCUGACGGUUUCACAUACGAGCACAGAGCAAUAAAGGCAUGGUUUGAAAAGCACAGGGUGUCCCCUGUAACCAGGAAGAAGCUCCAGCAUACGGUUCUUGUACCCAACCAAACUUUACGGUCGGCAAUACAUGACUGGAGAUCCCGGGUGACUUACGAAGGGAAUCAUGAUUGAUCUGUUGUAGUUUUCUGUAACUUAUUUGCUUUUAUAAUCUGUAUAUAAAGACUGUAAAUAGUUCUAUAGCACGCUGUUCUCUGGAAGACUACGACCAUCAUUCUUCCUUGUUCUCUCCUAUAGAAAUGCCUGAAAGAUGAGAAGUAUUGUCCAUAGUCUUAUAAUGGUGAUACCGCUUGUUUCUUUACCA